UAUCUUAAUCAACAACAAAUAUUCCUUAUCAGUUCCAACGUUUUUCAUUUGUAGAAGAAAGAAUUUUGUAUUUAAUUCGUUCUUUUUUCGUGAUUAGUAAUUUAAUUUGUAUUGAGAUAGUUCUCAAAUCUUAGAUUAAUGCGUAUAUGAACACAGUCGGCGACAUGGAUGAUUUAGCAGAGACCAACGCUAACGAAUACCUCUUGAAAGACGUAUUGGAUAGAAUCGCCUCAUCUCUGCAGUGUCCACAAGAUGACUUCAUUCCAAAAGAUUACCAAUCUGAAUUAGCUAAUUCGACCAAAACUUCGAACAAAACAGUUUUUCUACCUAGUUACGAAGAUAAACUAUACGUCAGUUAUCUAAUUUUGAAAUCAAACAGCCUGGAAAUUGAAAAAUCCGGAAAACAAAUCAUAUAUUUGAUCGAUUCAUCGAAAUAUCUAUCUACAGUUACCGCUUUCUUCACGAAACAUUCUCAUUAUCCAGUUAUUGAAAUACGAUGCGAUAAAGUAGCGGAUUUAUGGAAUACUCAAAACGGCCAGCGAAUAAUCGUCACCACCAGUUCGAUCUACUUGAACGCUUUAUCAAAAUGGAAUUCUAAGUUGCAAGAUACUUUUAUGAUUUUUUUCGACGAUUGUGCCUUCGCUUAUGGUCAAAAUUCCAUGAAACAAGUUAUGAAUUAUUUUCAAAAUUGUAACGAACAAGACUGGCCUCGAGUUACAGCUUUUACAUCUUGUCUCCUUCAUCCUCAAAUCAAAGCGGACGAUAACUGCAUGUUUGAGUUCUUGAAAAACCUAGAAAUUACUUUCAAAUCGACGAUUAUUUCCUCUCAGUACUGCAACGUCACUAGAAAAUUAUUAACUCGCGUAAAUGAUGUAAAAUUUGUCAAGUAUCGUCACCGUAAAGAGAAUUUUGAAGAAUCUCUGGUUGAAAAUUUUCACCUAGAUACUCUGAUUGGGAAAACAAUCGCUCUCAUCGAUGGAUUAAAAUUGCCUAACGAUUCAUCGGUCAAUGAACAAACACAUUUAAGAGGCUUCGUUUCGAGAAUAUUUCAAGACAUUGUUCGAUACAUGUACCUAUAUGGAAUGUAUCCUGCUUUUAUUGUCUCUAAUAUUCAUCGAAUCCGAUUGGAAAAGAAGAAAUUAUUAUGUGAUGACAUCACAACUUUCAUAUUGUCUGCUAUAAUCAAUGAUCUAUACGUGAUUAGGUCGUUAAUAUGGGAUAAAAUAAUGGAGAAUAAUACCAAAUCAAAAGAAAAUGCCGCAACUAUUGUGAAAAAUACUUCGGAAAAAAUCGUAAAAUUGCUUUCAUUACUGUAUAAAAUGGACUACAAUGGGAAUUGCAUCGUUUUAGUGAACGAUUGUAUCACUGCGAGGAUAAUAACAUUGAUUUUGCAGAAAUUAUCGAAAUGUGAAACGAAAAUGGGUCAUAUCCUCGCUGAUUUUAUCAUCAGCAGCGAAUCUGUUCUUGAGAGUAACGACGAUCGAGAGCAAUCUUUCUUUAGAAAACAGCUCAAUUCGGUCGUUCAAAGGUUCCAAAAAAGUUUGUUAAGCGUUCUCGUAAUAUCUUGGAAAGCAGAUUUCGAUUUCAGCGAGUUGAAUUCAAAUUGGAUCGUUUAUUUUGAUUUGGCUCCUACAUUUCAAAAGUAUAUUUUAUCGAGAAGGUUCGCGAACGAUACCAGUAAUAAUAAUUAUUUCUUCAUUGAGGAGACUGGCGAUGAAGAGAAAUUCAACAGGGAUAAACGUUAUCUCGGAGAGUUCGUUGAUUUGGAUUUAAACUUGAAAGAAUUAUUAUCAGUGAAAGAUUUGAAUAACGAGUAUCGUUUACGUAAAAGCUUAAAAAAAUUCAAAGAAUCGAAAUCCGAGCUCGAAGAUAAAUUCCCUCCCCUCAUCACCAAACACAACAAACGACUAUCUUUUAUAUCAGCCAUCCACGCUGUUAACAAGUAUUGCAAAAGUUUGCCAUGUGAUGGGUUUUCAUCGCCGGCACCUCGUUGGUCGUUUCAAAAAAAAGAUGGAGGUGUUGUUUGUAGAGUACGACUUCCGAUUCAAUCCGGAAUUGAAACCGUUAUCGAAAACCCACCGAUUAAAAAUGUAAAAUUCGUGAAGCAAAUAGCAGCCUUAGAAACGGUGAAAUAUUUGUACAAAUGUGGACAAAUAAACGACGAUUUAGUAUCAACCUUUAGUUACAUCGACGAUCAACUGAAUAGUGAAAUAUUAUUUCCGAAUUGGAUUCACGAAGAUGAAUCGAUUAAGGCUGGUUCAGCCCAAUGUUAUCGAACUGUUCCGUUAAAAUUUCCAGAAUGGUUAAAUCAAUGUUGUCCUCGCCCCGAUGCUGACACAUUCUUACAUAUUAUUCAUCUGAAAACCGCUUACGAAGAACCGAAUGAUUCGAGAAAAUCGUAUUUCCAUAAAUUAAUGCAAUCGGAUAAAGAAUUCGGUAUUUUAUCGAGUAAAAAAUUACCCCAAUUGUGCGAAUUUCCUGUCUAUUCCGACUUGGGCCAAGUUAAUGUUACUAUCGAAGUGAACGCUAAAAUCAUGAAACUAACCGGCGAGGAAGUAGAUAAAUUAUUAUCUUGUCAUAAGUUCAUCUAUUUGGAUGUUUUACAAAUCGUCAAAGGAUUCUUGAUUGGAGAUCGUUGCAAUGGCGAUAAUUCCUAUUGCAUUGUUCCUUUAGAACCUUCGGAUAAUGGUUCGAUGAAUAUUGCUUGGGAUGUAGUGAAUAACCUCUCGAUCAGAAGCGAUAUAAUUGAGCCCUCCGAAACCGAAAGAGUUAGCACACAUUACUCUUCGAAUGAUUUUUUGGGCAAAGUGGUCACUCCUUGGUACAGAAUGUUAACACAACGAGUAAUGUUUUCUAGUUAUUACAUCGUAACCAAAGUCUGCACGAAUCUCCGACCCACUUCCAAAUUUCCGUCCGGCGAAUACGACACAUUCACGGAGUAUUAUCAUGAAAAAUACAACUUGGAAGUGAAAAAUCCUAUCCAACCUUUACUAGAAGCUCGAAUCAUCACUGAUAAUCUCAAAUGCAUUCGUCCAAGAGCUCAAAAUCCUGGCAUAAAGAAGAAAAAAGGCGAAAAAGAGCCCGAUCUUCCGGUAAUUUUACUGCCAGAAUUCUGUAUACGGCAAUCAUUUCCCGCUGUUUAUUGGUACAAAGCUGUUCUGUUGCUCGGAAUUACUCAUCGUUUACAUUACAUCUUAUUGGCCGAACAACUAAGACGCAAGGUGGCUUCUGAAAUGGAAGCCAUAGCUGAUUCGUCGAUUGAAAGCGAUGAGAAAGAUGUCAUGAUAGUUGACGAAUCAUUCGUGAAAGAAUGCGAAGAAGGAGCCAAACCGGUGGUGCCCAUAUUAUCAAUACUGAAACAAGUCAAAUAUGUGAGAAAUGUUCGCCGGUAUCCUUGGGCCGAUGAACAACUACCGAUCGAUAUAGAUCGACAAAUAGAUACGGUUUCUAUGAUCGAAGUCAUGUCUUAUUGCGAUUUUAUUCGUGGUCAGACUGGAGAACAUCCUGAUAUGUUCGCUCUUUUCGCGCCCAGUGUUGCGGAGUUCCCAAAACUGAAAUUCAUCGAUGCUCGAAAACCAUUGAAUCCGGGUCCGAAACAAACCGAUAUUGUUCAGACGUUCACCGGUGUAAAUUGCGAUGAUAUAUUCAACUUGGAAAGAUUAAAAAUGAUGGGUAAAUCGUUCGUAAACUUUGCCGUUUCGUUAUGGCUCUAUAAGUCGAAUCCAGAUUGGAAUGUUACUCAGUUACGUCAACUAAAGCAGAAAAUAUUAAGCCGGCGUAAUUUUUACUACUGCGGAGCUAAACUAGAGCUUGGAUCUUAUAUUAAACUACACGACUUCUCCGAGAAUAACGACUGGUUCUUGAGUGGUUUUUGCGUACCGGAUGUAUUGAUUAAUAUCUUGAAAAAUUACGUUAUUCCUCCCGAAGCUAUUUUCAAUUUGGAAAUUCCUCGAGAUGAGCAACACUCGGGUGAAAUUAGCGCCGAAACUAGAGAUAAAAUGCAGAAUAAAAUGAUCGAAUAUUACGAUAAAACUUCGACGAAGAAUACCGAAAGUACGUUGAACAAGACGCCCAUUUCUGAUAACGGCGAUCACAAUCACGCGUUUAUUUAUUUCAAAAAGCACAGCGUUCCCGAUAAAGCUGUAGCUAGCGCUUUGAAAUCGUUGAUUGGAGUUUACUUAACGAAUACCGGAGUCGAAUCAACGUUCAAAUUUCUGCAAUAUAUCGGCGUAUUACCUAAAGAAUCCCAUCCAGACGCUUCAUACCCAUCAAAAGACUCUCCUCCGAAUGAAAAUCAUUCGUAUUUCGAUGAAGAUAAUUUAAAAGAAACUCUCGGAUACGAAUUCAAGAAUAAGAGAUUACUCACAGAAGCCAUUACUCAUCAUUCGUAUUUUAGCGAAACUUCAACCAUCUGUAAUCACAAACUGGCUUUCUUAGGAGAUUCUAUUUUAGAUUUACUCUUAACCGGAUACGUUCACGAAUACGGUCAAGAUAGAAAGAUCAGCGAAGUUCGCGAAAUACGAGUUUCCCUCAUGAAUGAUGUAGUAUUUGCUAUCGUUGCUGUGAGAAUCGGUCUGCAUAAGGUUCUGUUCUACGAUUCGGUCAGAUUGAUGAAGAAAAUCGAUCAAUUUGUUCAAGAAGAAAAUAGAGUGAAUUGUCAAGUCAGUUAUGACGAAUUACUUUUCUUAAUCGAAGAAACAAACAACGCUGUGAUCGACUCCGUAGAUGUUCCCAGAGCGUUGACUGAUGUCUUCAAAAGCAUCGUAGCUGCGAUUUAUUUAGACACCAAUGGCGAUCUAAAAACUGUUUGGAACGUUGUACAUCGUGUAUUGAAAAAAGAAAUAGAUAAGUUUAACGAUAUGCCACCUCGAGAUCCGAUCAAGUUACUAGAAGAAACAGAUUUGAAAUUUUCAUUCGACCCUACUACCUACGGAAAUUUAAUAAUCGUACCUCUGCAAAUCGAAAUAGAUCAUGGUAAAAAAAUUUUCUUCGGGACUGGAUCAUCGAAAAAUCAAGCUAAGAGAAUCGCAGCCAAAACAGCGAUCAAAGAAAUGGCUCGAGAAUUCGUGGUAUGAUUUUAUUCUCGUGUUUGUUUUUAUAAGAUACUAUGUAUUUUCGAGUUACCUAAUUUUUAUCCAAAAAAUAUUUCUGUUUGCUCAUUUUUCGCUCAUUGUUUUUAAGCUCGAGCUUUAUUUCGUGUUGUAGAAAUGAAAUUUUAUUAUAUUUUUAUUUUUUAA